AUGAAUUUUUAUGAAAUACUUGGAAGUAUACUUAGAUUUAAAAACAUUAAAAACAUCGAUUAUGAUUUUUUUGAAAAUAAUGAUACAUUUUUACGAAGCAAAAGAAUAGCAGCAAAUGCUAAUGUGAAUCGUUUCUGGGAUCAAGGAGUAAUACCUUAUCAGUUUGAAGGUAAUUUUACCGGACAAGAAUAUUUAUUAAUUAGAAAAGCUAUGCAAGUUUGGGAAAAAUCAACAUGUGUUAAAUUUGUUCCAAGGAUUCAAGACCUUCAUCCAAAAUACGUCGCUAUUGAUAAAUUAAGUUGCGGGUGCUGUUAUUAUUAUAAUUAUUUCCAAACGGGCCCUCAUCAAUUGAGUUUAAACAAUGGUUGUUUUCACGUAAGAACUGUUCUACAUGAGUUAGGUCAUGUUAUUGGUUUGGAACAUGAGCAUAUUCGUCCAGAUCGUGAUGAAAAUAUUAAAAUUAUUGAAGACAACAUCAAGCCUGAAUUCAUGAACGAUUUUGAAAAAUUAUCUUCUGAUGAAAUUGACACACUAAACCAGCCGUAUGAUCACGAAUCAAUAAUGCAUUAUCCCCAAAAAGCAUUUGCAAUAAAUAAAACUAUGAAUACACUAGUACCUAUUAACGGAAUUGACAGUCAAAUUUUUAAUAUUGGUUUUAGAAAAGAGCUGAGUGAAAGAGACAUAAUCGGAACUAAUUUGCUAUAUAAUUGUUCUGUUUGUGGAAGAACUUUAUUUGAUCCUUCAGGGGAUUUUGGAUCGCCGAAUUAUUCAAUUGAUUCAUUUCACAGAGACUAUCAUUGUCAAUGGAGAAUUCCGGCGUCAAGUGGAGAACAAGUUGUCCUGAACAUUACAUCUUUCGAUUUAGCCGACAUUGAUUAUUUGCGAAUAAGAUAUGGAUACUGGAACAAAAACGCUUCCGCUCGCUAUUGUGGUAGCCGUGCAUCGAGUAUAGUUUCGACUAAUAAUUACCUUUUAAUUGACUAUGUAAGAAAAAGUUAUCAAACUAAUAAUACCGGUUUCACCGCGAUUUACUCAAAAACAUGUGGCUUUAACAUGAAAUUGAAAAGUAAUGAGAGUAUGAUUUUGGAAUCACCAAAUUUUCCAAAUAAUUAUGAACCGAAUAAAAAAUGCACGUGGUGUUUAUCAGCUCCGCGACGUCAUUAUUUUUCAAUAAAAUUCAAUUACUUUGAUAUUGAACCAAGCAAAAGAUGCAUUAAUGAUUAUAUAAAAAUGAAAGUUCUGGACAGAUUCAAAGCAGGGUUUUUACCGAGAGAAUGCGGCUCGACAAAUAAGUCUAAAAUUAUCAAAAGCAAUAAAAUUUUAAUUGAGUUCAGCAGUAAUGAUAAGAUACAAGCCGGUGGAUUCUCAGCCACUAUCUCAACUAUAUCAUUAUGA